AUGCUCAAACUCCUGGCCACAGCAGGAUAUGUUGACGAAGAUUAUCCCCUCAAAACCAACUUCACCGACACUCUCAGCACUUUGUUGAACACCGUGUGCCAUCCUGCGCGCUUCCGCACCGAGCCCGGUGAAGCCGUGGAGCGCAUAAAUAAAUUCGUGGAGGAUUCCACUUCCGGCACCAUUCGCGAUAUCCUGGCUCCUGCGGAUAUAACGCCCGUUACCGUGUUUAUAUUGAUCAGCGCGGUGUAUUUCCAAGCGGAAUGGAAUUGUGUAUUUCCCGAGCGGGACACCGUCAAGAAGCCCUUCACCCUGGCCGACGGCCGCACCGUGAUGGUGGACACCAUGCACGUGCUGACGAAGUGCCAGUAUUAUGAAAGUAAGGAAUUAGGCGGAGCGCGAUUCCUGCAGUUGUGGUACGGCGACCAGCGCUCCAGCGCUUGCUUCAUUCUGCCGGGAAAGAACGACGGAUCUCCCACGUGGACACCGGGUUCCGCAUUGUCGGGUCUCCAGCAGGCCUUGACGCCGAAGAUGCUGGAAAAGGCGCUGGACUCGCUGCAGCCCAUCACGUACGGCACAAUUCAGUUACCCAAGUUCUCCAUAGAGCAGAGCAUCGACCUGGAGAGCACGCUGCAGGAUCUGGGGAUGCGGUCGGCUUUCACAACCACGGCCGACUUCUCCGGCAUAACGUCGGUACCCAUCUGCAUAGACAAGAUUAAGCAACAGGUGUACAUUGGUAAGCAUGAUACCACCAAUAAAAAGUGGUCAGCCUGUCGCCAGUAA